CAGGCCACCACCUCCCAAAACCCCCUUCAAAUCUCCCCCCAGAUCUUCCAGAUCACCCCAAAGCGUCUCUGUUUCUUCUGGCUUUUCCACCCUUUCCUUUGUUCCCCCCCCUUUGUUUUUAUUAUGGAUAAGACUUCUUCCUCUUCUACUGAACUCACUAGUAAUACUACUAGAGAUCAGUACCUGAAGCACCUCAACAAGCUCUCCCACAAGAUCUCUAAGCCCGUGACCCGAAAACCCAACUUCGACCCGCCUCCUCCUGUUGUUCCGGCCCCCAACCCCCAAAACGCGCCGCUUUCGCAGCCGCCCAAUCAGCACCAGCCUCCGGUCUACAACAUCAACAAGAAUGACUUCAGGGAUGUCGUCCAGAAGCUGACCGGUUCGCCGGCUCAUGCCGACCGGUUCGCGACUCCUCCGCCGAUUCACCCGCCCAAAACCCAGAGCUCCCGCCUCCAGCGCAUCCGCCCUCCGCCGCUCGCCACCCGCCCGCCGCCGCCUCUGCUCGACGGCGCCGUUUCUGCUCAGUCCAACAACGUUAACAACAACCCUCUCAUUCCGCCCAUGGGGACCGCCGCCGCGCAUUUCGGCCGGUCCGCCGCGCCGCUGUCGCCCCUGCCUCCUUUCCCGACCGUCCACGGCGCGGCGGAGUCCCCGGUCUCGGCCUACAUGAGGUACCUCCACAACUCGCUCUCCGGCGGCGAUUCGAAUCCGAAUAUGAGCCAGAAGCAGCAGCAUUUCUCUGGAUUCUCGCCGCUGGCGCCGCUCGUCUCGCCUCGCUGGACCAACCUGACCCCUCCACCGCCGCAGCCGGAGCAGAAUCAGAGUCAGAAUCAGCAGAACCAGAAUCAGAAUGAGAACAACAACCAGCAGCUUCCUCAGCCGGAACAGGGAAUGACGCAGUCGUCGGAAACCCUACAGCCUCCUCCUCCGCCGGCGUCCUCCCAGCCACAGUUCACCAUGCCUCCCUCGCCGCUUCCAUUCGGAUGCUUGAAUUCGCCUCUGUCACAGUAUGGCUUGCUUUCCCCAACUCAGCUAGGGUUUCCUCUUUCGCCCACCGUGCCUGCUCCAAGCCCUAGGUGGAAGGGUUUGUAGUCUUUCCCUUUCAGGUAAGUCAGCUCCAGUCUUCUAUCUUAAUGUCGACGAACAAUACACAGGAAGCUGUCUGUUUUUAGAGUUUGUAGGGUUCUUUUCUUUUCUUGCUCCACAGAAAGUUUGUACAUUAAUGGGUUAAGAGGUUUAUUCCAUUACUAGAGGUUAGGGUAUUGUCUUUGUUCUGUAAAUGCAAUAUAUGAGAAAUGUGAGACAUUUAGGUUUCUUCUUUGUUAUUGGAAAUUUGGGGGUCAAUGAGAUCUAUUGUUAUACCUAUAAUUGUGGGUUUAAGGAUGCUUUUGUUGAAUUUACUUAUAUGUGAAAUUCUCUACUUAUGUAGACUGAAGUAUUGAAUUUAGUUCAUAAUUUAUAUGGGGUCAAAUUUGUUUGUUAAUAUCAUCAUCGA